GGCAAACAUUUCCCCGCCAGCGCAUGAAUUCAUCCGUGCGCUUCGGUCAAACCCCCCGCCUACUCUUCUUUCACUUUUAUUUUUCUUCUUCCUUCCUUCAGCAAUGUUCACGGUGUUACGGCGAAAGGAAAGAGUGCUGCGAUUAAUUGCUAGUCGUUGCUCGCGAUUGACUUUUCAACGACGCGAAAACAGCAAUGGUGUCGCCAUUAUCGAACAACUACGAAAAGAGUUCGCCGAUAAGAAACAGCAACACAUUGCCGCUGCUGAACGCGAUCACGCCAAGAUCUUCUCGGUCAGUGGCAUAACAGAUCAGUAUGAAAGUCAUAACCAACACGGAAUACAGACGCAUGAGCAUUUACCUCAGGCAAUCUACGGUUUUGGCGUUACUAGUCCAAACCAAGUGUUUAUUAACAACGAGCUCAACCUUAAAUAUACUGAAGUCUAUGGCUUUGAUUACGAUUAUACACUAGCAAAUUAUACCGACAACCUUUCCCGAACAAUCUAUGAUAUACUUCGUGAUAUUUUGGUCGACAUGCUACGGUAUCCAAAACAUAUCAAAGAUCUUGAGUUCGAUCCAUCCUUUGCAAUUAGAGGACUUCACUAUGAUAUCAAUACGGGCUGGCUGAUGAAAAUAGAUAGCUAUGCCAACAUACAGUUAAACACAGUUCAUGCUGGGCGAGAUCGUGUGUCUGAUCCGGAAGAAGUCAUCCGUUAUUACAAUGGAACGCAUAUUGCACCGCGUUAUCUCCAGACCAACAUGUUUCAGCUUAAUGACUUAUUUUCCAUACCUCAGGCUUGUUUGCUUAGCGAUGUGCAACAAUAUUUCAAGAGACAUAACAUCAGUUUCCACCCGCGAUAUCUAUCCGAUGACUUGAAUCAAGCGGCACGGAUCUUGCACACUGGAUCAAACAUGAAUAGCGCAUUCGGAAUUGGAGGGCGCUUACAUCACGCGGUACUUAGCGACAUACCAAACUAUCUUGAAAAGUCGCCUCAGCUCGUCCAUUUUCUUAAAAAGCUUAAAAAGAAUGGUAAAAAGACAUUCUUGCUGACAAAUAGCAGCUUACCAUUCAUUGAUAAGGGUAUGCAAUACCUAACAUCCAGUCCAGAUUGGCGAGACUUGUUUGAUUGUGUCAUCGUAUCAGCAAGAAAGCCUGAUUUCUACCGGUCAAGGAGACCAUUCCGAAGAGUGCGAGAACCAAUGUGGGAUCCAGUGCAUAAGUUUGAGAAAGGAGAAGUUUAUCAGGGCGGAAACUUGACAGAUUUCAGCCGCAUUACCGGUUGGUCAGGACAAAAGGUACUCUAUUUUGGCGAUCACAUUUUUUCGGAUCUGAUAGAUCCUACAGUGGAACAAGGAUGGCGUACGGGUGCUAUCAUUCACGAGCUAGCUGCGGAGAUCGAGACCCGUAAUACCUCAAGCUAUCGUCAUAGCUUGGCUUGGUUACUUCGUAUCGAGCGUCUUAUCGUAGAAGCACAAAGUUAUUAUGGACAACCUGAUGUUGAUGGUAGACUCGAAAACCUGAUUAAUGAAUGGUCAUCAGAGAGACGAAAUGCCCGACACGAGUUACGAAACGUGUUCAACCGGUCUUUUGGCAGUGUGUUCCGAACUUACCAAAAUCCUACUUAUUUUGCAAACAAGAUCCGUACAUUUGCAGAUAUUUACAUGUCUAACGUUGCAAACCUGAACCAUGUAUCGCUUGACUAUGUCUUCUAUCCAGACCGUACAUACUUGCCUCAUGAACGUCUCGUGGAAACACUUAUCGACACAGGCAAAAUCAAAGAGCUACUUAGAAGCUCAUAAGCAUGAGUCUCCCUCACGACAAAAUUUUAUAGACAUUGAUGCUGAUGCUAUUUAAACGUAACUUAAACAAUAGACA